GGGCGGCAGAUUGAUAUUGCGAAGAAUGGUGGUUACGUGAAUGAAGUAUUCUAGUUGGCAAAGAUGCCAGCCGAAGUUGCAAAUGAUAAUAUAAUUGUAGUACACGAAAACAAUGUUCCAAACAUCGUUAAGCCGACUAUGGACCUUUCAAAGCUCUCCGAUGAAGAAAAAUGGAGAAUUGAGCAUAAAAAACUUCAUGAAAAGCAUAAAGGUCAUGAGGCUAUGCAUGCUGAGAUGGUACUGAUUCUGAUAUCGGUUCUGAUUGUGGCUCAAGUUUUAUUGGUUCAAUGGAAACAAAGACGUUACAAGUCUUAUCAGGCUGUCACCUUACUAGGAAUGUGGCUUAUUCCAUUUUUCUUUACAAUCAACGCACAUUGGUGGCGAUUUCUUGUCACUUGGAUUGUUUUUAGCAUCAUUACUGGAUACAUCAUCUUCAAAGCCACACGUAAACCAUUGCCUGGCAACACUCCUAGGCUAGUGUACAAGUGGUUCUAUAUCCUGUACAAGCUGAGUUAUGCAUUGGGGAUUGCUGGCUAUAGUAUAGUUAUGGGUACUCUACUUAAUUUGAAUUUUCUAUUUCUGGUUCGGACUGAAUCUGCGAUGGAUUGUGGGGUGUUGCUGCUGUUCUAUGGUCUUUAUUAUGGAGUGCUUGGUCGUGAUUUUGCUGAAAUUGUUACAGAAUUUAUGGCAGCUCAUAUAGGGUAUUAUACAAAAACUGGCCUGCCAGGAAGAACAUUAGAAGCUAACAUAUGUGCAGUUUGUGGUCAACAAAUAUUUAUACCUGAUGAAGGGGAAGAAGUUCUUGAAAGAGCCUACGAACUAGGAUGUAGUCACAGAUUCCAUGAAUUUUGCAUAAGAGGCUGGUGCAUUGUGGGAAAGAAGCAGAUAUGUCCGUACUGUAAAGAGAAAGUAGACCUGAAACGAAUGUUUAAAAAUCCUUGGGAGCGUCCUCAUGUGUUGUAUGGACAAUUAUUAGAUUGGAUUCGUUACCUUGUUGCAUGGCAACCAAUAAUAAUUCUUGUUGUACAAGGAAUCAACUAUGGUUUAGGUUUAGAAUGAAUUUCAUAUUAGCAUUUAAAUUUUUGUAACUGCAAGUAUUCUUUUGAAUUGGAGUCUGGGGAUGGAGGCGUAGUAGGUCAAAGUGCACCGCCAUCAACCGUCUUAAUUCCCAUUCAACUACCAAAAGGUGCCAGUAAACUCAUCUAAUCAGUACGGAGACGAAACCUCAC